AUGUCAGAGCGGACGAAGAAAACACCCCAAAGGGUCAGGAAAUUUCUACCUAAUGUGAUUGAAACAUCAUCUCGCAGUUACCGGAACCGCCAGUCACCUCCCUCAGCACACGCUUUUUCUGUGGAACAGGGGUUUGAACCAGGCAAGCCAGCACAAACACUCAUUGCAGACACACAGCCAGUAUCACCCCACAAUGACGAACGGCAGGGCGACUCCUUGAUACCGAACAACAUUGAGGAUGGUGAUACCCGGAUUCGUGGCCGUUUCCAGAGGCAGAUGACCAGGGGAAGAGUACUUCACCAGUCAGCGGAGACCAAAGCGAAGAGAGACCAACUGUCCUGUCCCGUUUCGAGUUCGGCUGCCGACAAGGUCGUACUCCAGAUGCAAUCAUGUCCGAGAAAGUUUGCGCCUCAGCUUGUUGAGACCAAUAGACGUUCAUUUCGCCGCAAGGAAACAUCGCAUAAUUUAUAUGAAGCUCCUGUACAGGAUUAUGAUAUCGGAUCUCGAACACAUGGCGGCAACACCACCUAUACGACAUCGGAUACUUCCUCUGCCACAAUCGAAUCUAAAUUUUCAUACUCUAGUCUUCGACAGCGCCAAGAGUUGAGAAGGCACUCUUUUCGCGUGCCAGACCUCCCUGCAAUCCCUUCCAGCUGCAGUGAUGCCUCGGAUGGGUCGGAAAUACCGUCACUCUCAGCUUCUCCCUCCGUUUCGUCCAAUGUCCCUGCUCACCGCUCAAAAGCCGGGAACGGUCGUCAAAGUGGCUGUGACGGUCCUCUAGCGGAGUACUUUCUUUCUCUCGCAGCCCAGUCGGUGGAAAAUCAAUUGAAGGAGCAGGCACUUGCAGCAUUUCCCAAUGAACAAGUCUAUGAGUCUGUGGAUCACUUUGCAAUUGACAAGGACGAAGAUGAGUGUUCCCACGAGGACUCGAAAAACGCUCUUCUGCAUGCAUCGAGGCGGGAAUCGUCGGCAGAUCUUCCGUGGGAACUUGAACAUAUGCGCCGGCAUAAGGAGGAUGCCGAAAUGAGGGAUCGUGCCAUGGCGGGUACGAAGGGGACACGCCUUUCGUCCGCAAUUUUCAACGCUCGACAGCUUUAUAGUGGAAUCGAUAAUGGCUAUUGGAGAGGAAACUAUGAGCCAGAUCUCUCCAGGUAUCUCGCGCGUCCACCUAUGCUAGGCGAUGACCUUGUCUUCCCACAAAGUUUAUCUCCCGAAGCGACGAUAU